AUCGCGCUGGUGAGCGGCGGCCGAGUUCAGUGCGGUGCUGACGCUUGACCCGUCGCGGUUGGACAGCUCGCCGGUGUCGGGUGGAAAUCGGUGUCCUCGCGGCUCGCUCCUCUAGCCGAGGCUGACCGAGCCUGGGCUCUCGCGUGGUGCGCGUCUUUGGACCGUCGUUCGGCCCGCGGAUGUCCGAGCCCGUUGCUCGUUCCCGCCGCUCUUUCCUCAUCUAAGGACGACUCCGACCUCCGAGUCCCACGAGGAACAUGUCACCGAGGACAGCCGACGGAUAGUACGGCCCCACCAAACUCGAGAGGUUCCCCAAGGCGCUCACGAGUCGGUCGACCUGCUAUCACGGCAGUGAUCGUCGGGCGAAGGGGGCUCGAAUCCCGGAGCGUCGUCCCUCGGGAACUGUCGGGCGCGCACCGUCCUUAAUUCCCUCCUCCCACCUUUCGUCUCUCUCAGUUUUUCGGUCCCCGUUGACCCCCCUUACCAGUCUUCCUCUCGCGACCUCCUCUGUCCCUGUCCUCCUCCCUCUCGUUGGUCCCAGGCGCCGUCUGUCCCUCUCUUUGUCGCGCCGCCCGCAGCUGGCUGUCACUCUCGCUCGCGAGAGCCGAGGCCACGUGGUGCCUCCGCUCCGUGACAGUUCCCGAGCGGCUGCGACGACGUCGCGCCUCCAGAGGCGUCGCCCGGGUCGCAGGGGUGUCGUCGCGGGUCCGCCCGGCGCACCUGUCGCCGCGCCUCCCGCACCUGGUGCACCUGGCGCGUCCCUCGGCCGCCCCGGCACCCGAAGGAGAGACCCGGAGACCCCCGUCGUCCUCGUGGCGACCCGGCCUCCUGGCACGACGACCCUGAAGUGGAAGGAGCUCGCCAGUCGGGGACGAUGAGCCCUAGAGCGAGCCUCGCGUGGCUCGCGAUCCUCCUGGUCGGAUGCGCUGGGACUUCCGGGACCCCCGGGACCCCUCCGAGACCCCGAAGACCGGCGGUGAUCUACUCGAACCAGUUCGCCAUCCACGUGCCCGAAGGACCCCAAACUGCAGCCGCCAUCGCCGAGAAACACGGCUUCGACUAUCAUGGACAGAUCGGCUCCCUGAAGAGUUAUUACCUCCUCUCGCAUAACCGGAUCCACAAGAGAUCGCUUACCACGAGCGAGCAUCAUCAUGAAGCCCUGAGGAAGGAGCCCCAAGUGCACUGGUUCCAACAGCAGCACGAGAGGAAGCGGAAGAAGAGGGACUUCGAGGGGGCGUUCUUCGGUUUCCCGGAUUACCCGUACUUCGCAGAGGGGUUCGCACCCCGCCAGGGCCAGAGCUUGCACCAUCAAAGGAACAGAGGGGUGCCUUUGCCGAACCUCUUCACCGACCCCCUGUUCAAGGAACAAUGGUACCUGAACGGAGGGGCCAAGGAUGGGUUCGACAUGAACCUGGACCCAGCCUGGCAGAGGGGGUACACGGGUAAGGGCGUGGUGGUGUCCAUCCUGGACGACGGGAUCCAGACGAACCACCCGGACCUGGCCCUGAACUACGACCACCGAGCCAGCACCGACAUCAACGACAACGACGACGACCCCAUGCCCAAAGACAACGGCGACAACAAGCACGGGACCCGGUGUGCCGGCGAGGUCGCCGCCGUGGCUUUCAAUCAGUACUGCGGAGUCGGGGUCGCCUACAAUUCCAGCAUCGGAGGUGUGAGGAUGUUGGACGGGCCCGUGAACGACGCGGUGGAGGCCAGAGCGCUGGGCUUGAACCCGGACCACAUCGACAUCUACAGCGCCUCCUGGGGCCCGGAGGACGACGGCAAGACCGUGGAUGGACCCGGGCCCUUGGCCAGGAGGUCCUUCAUAUAUGGGGUUACGACCGGUCGCAAGGGCAAGGGGUCCAUCUUCGUCUGGGCAUCCGGAAACGGAGGUAGACACACGGAUUCCUGCAACUGCGACGGCUACACCAACAGCAUCUUCACCUUGUCGAUAUCCAGCGCCACCCAGGGCGGGUACAAGCCUUGGUACCUGGAAGAGUGCAGCUCGACCUUGGCGUCCACCUACUCUUCGGGUACUCCGGGGAACGACAAAAGCGUCGCGACGGUGGAUAUGGACGCAAAAUUAAGGCCGGACCACAUCUGCACGGUGGAACACACGGGAACAUCGGCAUCGGCGCCGUUGGCCGCAGGAAUCGCAGCACUGGCCCUGGAGGCAAAUCCCAGUCUUACCUGGAGAGACAUGCAGUACCUGGUGGUGCUCACUUCAAGGUCCGGGCCGCUCGAGAAGGAGCCCGGGUGGAUCCUGAACGGCGUCAAGAGGAAAGUCUCCCAUAAGUUUGGGUACGGCCUCAUGGACGCCGGCGCCAUGGUCAGCUUGGCCGAGCAGUGGACCAACGUGCCUCCUCAGCAUAUCUGCAAGUCCCAGGAGAUCAAUGAAGAGCGACCGAUAGAUCCUACCUACGGGUACAGCCUCAGUGUCUACAUGGACGUCAGCGGCUGCGCCGGCACCCUGAACGAGGUCCGCUUUUUGGAGCACGUGCAGUGCAAGGUGUCGCUCAGGUUCUUCCCUCGCGGGAACCUCAGGCUGUUACUGACCUCUCCGAUGGGCACCACCUCGACGUUGCUCUUCGAGAGGCCCAGGGACGUCCUCAGCUCCAAUUUCGACGACUGGCCCUUCCUCAGCGUGCACUUCUGGGGCGAGAAGGCAGACGGACGGUGGACCCUGCAGGUCAUUAAUGCUGGAAGUCGGCAUGUCAACUCUCCAGGAAUCUUGAAGAAGUGGCAGCUCAUCUUCUACGGCACCGCGACGAACCCCAUCAGGAUUCGGAUGCAGCAGUAUAACCAGGGCUAUCAGGGUCCCUAUUCAGGAGCCGCUUCCGACGUCCAGGCCUCUGUGGCCACCCUGGACGGCUCUUCGGCACCCCUGCUGACCAAUCAACUACCUGGCGACACCGCCAACGUCCUCGCCGGGUCCUUGGACCCCACCAAGAGGAUCCUCCACGACUGCGAUCCGCAAUGUGAUCCUCAAGGUUGCUAUGGCAAGGGUCCUACUCAAUGUAUCGCCUGCAAGACGUACAGAUUAGACAACACCUGUGUCAGCCGUUGUCCACCGAGGAGUUUCCCCAACCAAGGUGGAGUUUGCUGGCCUUGCCACGAAUCUUGCGAGACCUGCGCAGGAGCUGGUCAAGAUUCGUGCCUCUCCUGCGCACCUGCUCACCUGAGGGUUACCGACCUGGCCGUGUGUCUUCAGCAGUGUCCCGAGGGCUACUACGAGAAUAUCGAGAACAAUACCUGCGUACCUUGCGAGGCGAACUGCGCGAGUUGUCAGGAUAGACCCGACCACUGCAUCAGUUGCGAGCAUCACCUGGUGAUGCAUGAGAACAGGUGUUACGCCGCGUGUCCGUUGUACACCUAUGAGACCCAGGACUACAAUUGCGCACCUUGCCACCCCACCUGCGAAACCUGCAAUGGGACUGGGGAAAAUCAGUGCAUCGGCUGCAGACCUGGCUUGUUCUCCUUGAACGGGAGUUGCCGGGGCUCCUGUCCGGCAGGUUACAGCGCGGACAAGAAGAGGCGCGAGUGCGUGCCCUGUCCCCCAGGUUGCGCGACCUGCGCGACUUCCAGCUGCAUCACCUGCGUCUCCGGCUGGAGCCUGAACAAGAAGGGCCUCUGCGCACCUGAGAAUCACAAUCGUUGCGACAGUACGGAGUAUUACGAGGACGGACAUUGUAAGCCAUGUCACUCGACCUGCGAGACCUGUGCGGGACCUACCGAGGACUUUUGUAUAUCCUGCCAGACGCCGCUCAUGCUUCAAGGAAGGCAGUGCGUCGCGCAAUGCGGCGAAGGAUUCUAUUCCAUGGUCCAACCCUCGAGGCCGAUCUGUUCCCCUUGCCUGCACACCUGUAAGACCUGCGUCUCCAGGUUGAACUGUACAGCCUGCCAGGAUGGCCUGCAGCUCCAGAGCGGGGAGUGCAGGUCGUCCUGUGCCCAAGGGUAUUACAGUGACCGAGGUCAGUGCGCCAAGUGCUACCUCUCCUGCAGAACAUGUUCAGGCCCCAGAAGAGACCAGUGCGUGACCUGUCCGAAAGGUUGGCAGUUGGCAGCAGGGGAAUGCCACCCGGAGUGUCCGGAAGGGUUCUUCAAGUCGAAUUUCGGCUGCCAAAAGUGCCACCACUACUGCCGCACCUGCAAAGGAGAGGGUCCCCUUGAGUGCACUUCUUGCCCGGCGCACUCCAUGCUCGAGGGAGGACUAUGCAUGGAGUGCUUGGGCGCUCAGUAUUACGACCCCCUGACCCAACUUUGCAAGACUUGCCACGCCGAUUGUCGCCGAUGCUCCGGCCCCGGGAAAUUCAGCUGCGCAGCCUGCUCCCUGCCCCUUCACCUGGACAAGCUGAACAAUCAAUGUGUCCCCUGCUGCACAGGGUCCGAGAAAGGAACCGAGAGCGAGGAAUGCUGCCUCUGCGACCAGGAGACCGGAGGCUGCAGGAACAGCUCGCCAGCGGGAAAGCGCAGAGUCCCUGGAACCGAGUUCUCCUCCCCGGACAUGGUCCAGGAAGCGACCUCGAAGUUCACCAACACGGCGGCUGACUCGGCGAACCUGGCAGUGACAGCGGCGACGACCCUCGCCGUGGCGAUCUGCCUGGCCUCGGUGGCCCUCUUCGCGACGAUAUUCGUCGCUCUUCAGGCGAUGUCCAGGAGGAGAGAGGCCAGCAUGGGGUACACGCAGCUGGCCAUGAGGGUGGAACCUGCGGACGACCUCGAAGCCGACGACACCACGGAGCUGAUGACCUAACUCCGGCCCUCGGUGAGGACCAGUCCUGGAAACUC